GCGUAUUUCUUCAACUACACAGUGCCACAAGCCUAUUACCUCAGCUUACCUAACCUCAACACACUCAAAGUAACGCCCGGUCAGCCAUCGCCUGCCCCGUCUUAUAGAUCGGCUCCCCCCACCAGCCGCUAUCACAAGCCCAUAUCUGCCACGGCAAAGACCCUCCUCCGCCCUCCACCUUCUAGGGAGAAGGGGGAAAAAAACCAUCGAUUUGGAAUCCCCGAUUGCAUCAUCAUCCAUUUCGCACCAUUCGCCCGAAUUCGUCCUUCCAAAGUGCACGCGCAACUGGAAUCAACCCACCGCAGCAGUGGUUGCGCGAUACCUGACAAAUACAUAAACCCUACCCCCCCUCCUCCCCACUUCCCAAGUACCCAAGUACCUUAGCUGCGUUGCCGUACCUACCUACAUUGUACUUAUAACAUCAUCGCGCCCCUCUUCCCCCCUCCCUCUCUCUUUCUCUCCCGUAAUGGCAUUCCUAUUCCGACGCCUAUUCUCCUCAUCAGCCAACAGAUCACCAGAAACCAUGGCCGCCGCCAAGCAGAAAGUCCAACAGCUCAUCGACGAGAACAACGUCGUCGUCUUCUCCAAGAGCUACUGCCCCUACUGCCGCCAAACGAAGUCGACCCUCGACGAGCUCAACACCGACUACACCGUCCUCGAGCUCGACCAGAUGGAAGACGGCAGCGCCAUUCAGGACGCCCUCCAGGAGAUCUCGGGCCAGCGCACCGUCCCGAACUCCUGGAUCGCCAAGAAGCACAUCGGCGGCAACUCGGACCUGCAGGGCAUGCUCAAGGGCGGCAAGCUCGAGAGCCUCCUCAAGGAGGCCGGCGCCCUCAAGGCGUAAGGCAAACCCUUCCACGUUCUUGUUGUUGUGUACGAUGGUAGAUGGUAGUGGUGACGGGGAGUGCUUUCGCGCACAGCAAGACAGAGAAGGCUGACCGGGGCCGCGACUUGGAUCCGACACAAAAGGCCGUCCAAGCUCUAGCUCGACAAGCUGUAGCCCCACGUGUUUUCUGACUAGAGAGCAAGAUCGGAGGUGACGACGUCGAGAUAUAUACCACUGGGGAGUGUCGUCUUGGGAUUAGAGAACUAGCGCGUAGAACUGCGUCUUUUGAUGAGAAUACAUUGUUCUACACUAGAAGCAAAACAUGAA